CGCUGGCGUCUUCUGUGUCUACAGAAGAGGGAGAGAGAGGAGAGGAUCGUGAGGGACGCAGAGUGGAACGUCGGCGGAGGGUCUGCGGUUUUUCUAGGAACGCGUCUGAAAACUGAGGGACCGUGCUUCGUCGCUGGAGCACAUUAGAAUGAAGCCUUUCUAGUCUCACGUAUGCAAACUCGCGUGACCUUCGUCCUGAGAGUGGUCUCUCAGGAACGCUCGCGAUGAGUAAAGUAGAGGACGCACCAGCGGACAUUUUUCAGAGCAUCUUUUAUAGGCGGGACCACCCCCUCGCCGAAAAACAAUUGUGCUCCUCGCCGGCUGGUUUGUAUAGUGUGAUGAGGGACGGUUGGGGAUGGUUCAACACGUUAGGACAGAGUUCAUGCAGACGCCCGUCGUCACACGGGUCUACUGCACCACCUGCGUCCUCACCACGCUAGCAGUGCAACUGCAGGUGGUGACUCCAAUCCAGCUGCUCUACCACCCUGAUCUAGUGCUGCAUGGAGAGGUGUGGCGACUGCUGACGUGUUUCCUGUUCUACGGCUAUCUGGGGUUUGGAUUCCUCUUCAACAUGAUCUUCCUCUAUAGAUUCUGCCGCAAGUUGGAGGAGACGUCGUUCUCGGGAAGAACGGCAGACUUUGUCGUUCUCUUCCUGUUUGGAUCAACUCUAACACUCCUCGUUGCAUCCACUAACUACUUCCGUAUGCUCUUCCUCGGAGAAGCCCUCACUACGAUGAUAGUCUACAUUGGCUGCAGGAGGAAUCCGUUUGUCGUGUACAACUUCUUUGGUCUCUUUCGAUUCCAGGCACCCUACCUGCCCUGGAUACUCGUCCUCUUCUCCGUGCUGUUUGGAGGCUCGGUAGCUGUCGAUUUAGUUGGUAUAGCAAUAGGUCACAUGUACUACUUCCUUGAAGACGUGUUCCCCAACAAACCUGGUGGAUUUAAGAUCAUCAGAACACCUGCCUUCAUGAAAUGGAUAUUUGACGGUACGCAGGCCGACCACGGUGAGCCUCUAGAGCCAGAGGAUAGACCAGGAGGUUACGACUGGGGUGAGGGGGUAGCCCCUGGCGGCAGGGACGGCCCCCCAGCCAAUGACAACCAGCAAUAAAUAAUAAUGGCAUCAUCAAUCGGUUACUCGCCACACGACUUGACCUAGGUUUUUGUAUUUUACCAUGACGUAUAAUAAAUACAUCCACACGUCUGUUAACACAACUCCAACAAAAAUGUUACAUAACAAUAGAGUGAUAAUAAAAGUCAAGUGUACGCACCUACACACAGAGAGAGUGAAGAGAGAGAAAAGUUACUUUCUCUGGACCUUUGCAGACUGGGGGGCCUGGGCUUGGUUUCCUGUGAGGGUCCUCGGUUGCUCUUGAAGGCUUCGUGCGAGGAGCACCUUUGGUGAAACCGUGUUUGCUAAUGGGAGGUGCCCCCUGUUCUUUUCCACGAGAUGAGGCACCAGUUUGAUGUGGUCUGGUUUGCCUAGUAGCAGAUCCACUGGCAGCGGGGCUCCUUGCUGUUGCUGUGUGGAGAGUUGGUUCCUGCCUGCCAUUCUGACCUCCAGAGGCAGAAUGACCUCUCUUGUGCAAUGUGCUGUCACCUCCAGUCCUCUUCAACUGGUGUGGCUUGCUGGUUGAUGAGUGUUUGACCAUGUCUCUUGCUGUUGGUGACCUGGGGGUGUGGUUAGAGUUGCUAGGGGGCGGGGUUUUCCUCCAGCUGCCACCACUCCUGCUGGCCGUGCCCUCACUUCCACCGUCUGUCUUGCUAUGGUGCAGUUUGCUGUCUCCUCCAUCUCUAGGUACCUGGUGUGGAGUAGGCUGAUGGGAUGGUGGAUUAGUGAAGGGUUGUUGGGGAAGUUUAGGUGGGGUAGUAUGGGUAGGGUUCACAGCUGGGAACAAGCGAUCCGAGUCCGUCGUGUUGAUGAUAUGCGACUCCACCUCGUCCUCGGGCAUCUCUUCCAGCUCAGGCAUCUCGUCAUCG